AGAGCGGGCGCGCGGGGGGCGCGGCGCGGCGUCUGAGGCGGAGGGCGCGCGCCUGCCGCGCGCGAUGCCGGCCACCGCUCGCGCGGCCGCGGCGGCUGCGCUCGCGCCUCUGCUGCUGGCGUGGAGGUGCCAGGCGCUCUUCUUCGAGCUGAAGCCGGGCCUGCCAGGGAACGGGGAGUGCUUCAAGUUCAACGCCGACUUGGGACAUAGGAUUUUUGUUGGAAACUACGAGGCUGAUGGCCCAGAAGAGGGCAUCGUCGUGAGAAUGCUGGACCCCGACAUGGUACAGCUGUUCGAGCACAAGACGCCGUCGGGCAAGCUGAAGCACACGGAGGCGAAGGCUGGGAUAUACCAGCUCUGCUUCCUGAGCACCAUCCCGGAGGUGCAGAUGGUCAGCUUCGACUCCAGGUUCGGCCUCGACGACGAGUUCGCGGACGACCACCACCUCUUCAUCACCCAGAACCACACUGACAAGGUGAAAGAGACGGCCGAGCAAGGCCAAGCGGGACAAGGUGAAGGAGGCCAAGCAAGCGGAGGCCCCGCCCCCGCCCUGGAAGACAGCUGCGCCAGCGACCAGGAAGAGUUGGGCCGGCCACCAGGGUCGGAGCGCCCGCUGGCAGGAGAAGCCGGGUGGAUGGAAGAACCGCUGAGCCCGGCGACAGCGGAACCCCAGAAGGCGAAGUGGGCGGACUGCUUGGAGGCGGACUGGGACCUGGAGCUGGUCUUUGAAGCCUUCAACGGGAAGUUCAACCCAGUCCUGGGGGCAGGCGGAGGAGGAGAAGUCGUCGACCUCACGAUCGACGAUCAGGCCGAACUCGGGAGUGCCCAUUUUGGCCCGAGCUCGGAAGAAGGAGCCGGAGUCAUCAUCGAGGGGGGCCAAGACGAAGAAGAUCAGGUUUCAGAAGUGGGCUGCGAGGUGACCGGAAGCGGAGGCGGAGAGCCUGGGCCGACGAAGACCGAGGUCCAGGCAACGUCUUCCGCGACGGGCGGCAGUUCACAGUUUUUGGGCGUCCUUCCGGAGGGAGGGAGCCCCAGCGGCGAGACCAAGAAGGGCCGCCGCCAGAGGAAGUACAAGAAGCUGGACUUCGACGAGGCGGGGGACGAGAACAGCGGGCACCAGGCGGGCGACGAGUUCGAAGCCGAGCUCCGUGCCCUGCUCAAGCCGCGGCUGGGCACCCCCCUCAGCGAGGACCUGCACGAGCAGCUGGAGACGAUGAUCGCGUGCGUCAAGAAGGUGCUCGCGAAUCACCCGGCGAAGGCGCUCGACAUCAAGACCUACUUCCUGGACCAGGCUGUGGCGUCCCUCGCAGGAGGGGCACUUUCGAGCUAUGAACCUGGGCUCGGAAGUGAGGACGUCGCGAGCUGAGUUUCGGUCGGGGUCGGUUUGUUUUGUGUCUUCGGUCGGCUGCCUCUUCGUCGCCACGGUUGGACUCGGCUUGGAAAGCUGGGGGCUCUGUCUUGUGGCCCGCGCGGGCUGUAGGGCUGAGCCGUGGUGCCCCUGGUUGGCACGCUGGCCCUCUGCAGGUUUCAGAAAGCGGGCAUCCGUCCGGAUGACUCGCUGAGCGGCAGCCGGCGCGCCGGCGCAGGCGGGCUCCGGAGCCCGCCCUCCACCCGACCCGACCCUCCUCCUCCUCCUCCCUACUCCCCCCACCUCCUCCACCCUCCUC